GGGAACCUCCCAACGAAGACCGCGCGCCGGACCUUCGGUGUGUCAACAGCUCUUCGCUUGUGCCGUACUCGAUUCCACGGGAAGCAGCAAAUAGCGCUACUCUCACUUCCUAUCGCGUGAUAGUCGGACCUACGAGUGCUACGAGAUGCGGCACCAACACCUCUCUCUCCGCACACUACCUCGCAGCGGUACGACGAUGUGAUUGCGCGACCGCCCGUCGAAGUGUUCUCCUGUCACAUCGAAAACGCACAUCGGGAUAACUGCUGAAGGAUACACACCGCCGCAUCUGUCGUCAUUCUAACGGCAGAGCGGUCCCUGUGCGAACGCAUUUCGGGGAAAACUUCGCCCCACGCCGCCGCGAGUUUGUGCCGUGCCUGUGUGUUUACCGUUGUUUUCGGUGCGACGCCGCAGGAGAAAAAAACGAAAGGGGAUGGCGCUCUCGCACUCGUCGACGGUCCGGGGUCCCUCAAGUGUUAGGGUUAGGGCCUAGGGUUCGCCCCCCGUUUUUUGUCGAGUGCUGUACGUUUGACUCCGCGAUAAGCCCCCCGACCUCGCUGUUCGCCGUCGCUGGUGCUCGUGUGUGUGUGUGUGUUGCGAAAGAUAAGCUGCUGCGUCGGCCACGAGUCACGGAACAUAGUAUCGGCGGAACGGUUCGACUUCACGACGAUCUCCGACGGGCGCUACCGCGAGUUUGUGUGCACCGUCUAGUCGUGCCUGGGAUCGGCUGCGGUGUUGAGCCGCUCGCACGAUCGGCCGAGUUUCUCGGUCACCAGUGCCUCGAGAGGUCUUGAGAAGACGGAGGGGAGAGAGCCCGCCGUGCGGUCUGGAUUACACCGAGGAUGAGGAAGAGAGGAAGGCUAGGCUCAUCGACGGCGGCGAAUAUGGCAGCUGAGGAGGACCCCGGGCGGUGCUUGGAACGGCUGGCGCCAUGCCAGCAAGCCAGGAUGCCAUGUUGGAGCCGCCAUUGAUGCACACCUACCCCAACAGUUGCGCAGCCAGCAUCUUGCAGUCCGUCAAAGAACAGGAGGCCCAAUUUGAACUUCUUACGAGGCAACUAGAAGCCGAACGUCAAACUGUAGCCAGCCAGCUUGAAAAGUUCAAGCUGAGAGAUCGAGACGACGUUGGAAGCGUUUCAAGCGUUUCGGUGACCGGAUCAGCCGAGGAGCCUCCCAGCAAUUGGAGGUCCCCGCAGCUCGGAAACUUUGCGACCGACGACCAGGAAACCCGUCCCAAGAUGACAGACUCUCAUCUCAUCAUUAACCGAAAGACGGAAUCGACAGAGGAAGAACACCUAGUGCGCACUGAGCUGGUGGAGAGAAUGCAGAGGCGCUACUAUCCUGAUCAGACAACCACAGAGUAUCACCGUUACAUGCAAGAUGGCAGCUCCCCGCAAGUGCAGGAGUCAUACUCUAUGAACUACCACACGACGACAUCCACCAACGGACACCAGGUCGGAGACGGGGAGCACUCGCCAAACUCCUCCAAGAUGGUGCUACCCAGCGAGAACACUCAGCUGGUCAGCCGUACAACGCAGCAGACCAAGACGCAACAGGUGAAGACGGUGACCAAGGUGGUGAAGACGAGGGAGGUCCGGCACGUGGGUCCGGACGGCCAACCCCUGGAGUACAACCCGUACGGGACCCACGGCAUGCCCAUGUCGGGGCCGGACUAUGUCACCUACCCGUAUUCCGGGCCCACCGACAACUCGCACGGCUACGGUACCUACGACUCUGGCGAACCGCCCAGCCCCGCCAGCCAGGUGGCCCCGCCCCACAGUGGCUACCCACAGGACUACGCGACGUACGGGUCAUACCUCCGGGACUACGACUACGGAGGCUACCCGGGCCAGGCCCCGACCCCGCCCUCAGUGACCUCGGAGUCCCCGCUGCCGCCCCACGCUGUGCCCCAGGCAGCUACCUCACGGAGCAUCAUGUCCCCCCUCAUGGUGGCGCCGGAGGGCUACAACCACGGGCACUCUGGAUACGACGAGCUGGAGCCCGUGCCUCCGAGGGGCGGCACGGAAUACGUGCAGGACCGCUACAGGAGCACGCCUUCCCCGGCACCGCACCCCGACCGCUAUGCCACAUACGGCUACCUGGGUCCCCCCGGCGCCACGUCUCCGGGCUACAGUCCCGGCUACGAGGGGGCCCCGCCGCCCCAGGGCUACCUCGACCGGAGGCCCAGCUACGACGAGCACCAUCCCCCCGGGGGUCCCGGUGGGGCCAGGGCCGGCGUGCCCGGCAUGGGACCCUACGGGGCGCCCCACGCUGUCUUCGAGGAAGAAGAGGGGGGCCCCGCGCCGUCCCUGGACGGUCCCCCUAGGCCUUACGGGGGCCCGCUCGAUGGAACGGACCUCAGGGGUGGUGGCGACGUCCGGUGGCGUGACCCAGACCUUCACGAGGUGAUAGAGUUCCUGGGACACCCCAACAGCGUGGUACGGGCCAAUGCGGCCGCUUACCUCCAACACCUGUGCUACAUGGACAACAGCAUGAAACAGAAGACCAGGGCCCUGGGAGGCAUUCCCCUGUUGAUCGAACUCUUGAACCAAGAGAUCCCCGAAAUCCAGAGGAACGCCUGCGGUGCCCUCCGAAACCUCUCCUACGGGCGCCAGAACGACGAGAACAAGAGAGCCAUUCGGAACGCGGGGGGCAUCCCUGCGUUGGUUCGUCUCCUGAGGAAGACCCCGGACAAUGAAAUUCGGGAGCUGGUCACGGGAGUGCUGUGGAACCUGUCUUCGUGUGAGGAGUUGAAGAGGCCCAUCAUCGACGACGCCCUGUCGGUGCUGGUGAACCACGUGAUCAUCCCGCUGUCUGGCUGGGACCGCAACCGCGACCGGGGGGACCACACCAAGCCCCAGGAGAUCUACUGGACCAUUGUGUUCCGCAAUGCCAACGGAGUGCUCAGGAACGUGAGCUCCGCGGGGGAGUACGCCCGGCAGAAGCUGCGGGAGUGUGAGGGCUUGUGCGACGCCCUGGUGCACCUGGUGCGCACGGCAGUGCGCAAGAACGACAUGGACAACAAGAGCGUCGAGAACUGCGUCUGCAUUCUGCGCAACCUCUCCUACCGCUGCCAGGAGGUGGAGGACCCCGAGUACGACAGGCACGCCACCCCGCAGCCGCCGCAACUGCCCUCCAGGGCCACUGCAUCCGCACUCAAAGUGGGCGACAGCCUGGGUUGCUUUGGCGCCAAGAAGAAGAAGAACGAGGCCCUGGAGAAGCAGAAGAAGGAGUCUGGGGGUGCCGGGGUGUCGUCGUCCGGUUCCGCCGGGUCGGGUGGCGGCACCCCCCGCCCCCACACGGACCCCCCCACCGGGAUGGAGCUGCUCUGGCAGCCCGAGGUGGUCCAGCCCUACCUGGCGCUCCUCUCCGAGUGCUCCAAUCCAGAGACCCUCGAAGCUGCCGCCGGCGCCAUACAGAACCUGGCGGCAUGCUACUGGCAGCCGAGCGUCGACAUCAGGGCGGCGGUGAGGAAAGACCGGGGCCUCCCCGUGCUGGUGGAGCUUCUGCGCAUGGAGGUGGACAGGGUGGUGUGUGCGGUGGCCACCGCCCUCAGGAACCUCGCCAUGGACCAGAGGAACAAGGAGCUCAUAGGCAAGUAUGCCAUGAGCGACCUGGUGCAGAAGCUCCCCAACGGCAACCCGCAGCACGACAUGGGGACGUCGGACGACACCAUUGCGGCCGUGCUGGCCACCCUUAACGAGGUGAUCGUGCGCAACGGCGACUUUGCCCGCUCUCUCCUCGAGGCCGGGGGGGUCACACGGCUCACCUACAUUACCAAGCAGAAGGGACGCUUCUCGGCGCGCGUCGUCAAGUUCACCUCUCAGCUGCUGUACAACAUGUGGCAGCACGUGGAGCUGCGUGAGGUGUACAAGAACGCCGGGUGGCGGGAGUACCAUUUCCUGACGCGCACCCUCGUGGCACGCAACUCGUCCCCGACCUCGAGCGCCAACAACACCCUGAGCCGACCGAUCAGCUCGCAGGGAGGCACCCGCUACGAGGACCGCACCUUGCCCCGCGUGGCACGCGAACUCAACAGCGGACAGCCUCCAGUGAACAUGCCAUACAGUCGGAGCGAGGAGCUCCCGUUGAGCGAACUGAGCCACGGGGGCCCCGAGGCCCAGCAGCCGGGCUCUCCGCAGCCCGCCCAGCCGCAGCAACCCACUUUGCAUCGUCCCCCCGUCGGAGGCGUCCCCAUUUUUCCGCCCGGGCCCCAAUUGAGGUCUCCACCAGAACCCGUGUACGCCCAGGUAAACAAGAAGAGGGACAGGUUUCAGAGCGACCAGGGUGUCCAGUACCUCCCCUUGGAGCAGCAGAACUCGCAGCCCGCCGGCGACUCCUGGGUGUGAAGGAAGCAAACGAGCGCCGCCGAGUGUGCGCCGUGCUUGCAGUUUUGCGUCGGUCGCCACGCCGCGGACGAACCGCAACAACACUGCGCGCUCUCCGUGGGACAGGCAGUUCCUCCGUCGGCAGACAAACGACCGACAUCUCUUUUGGGACGCAAAACUGACAGUUUCGCUUUAGGUGCUCCUUAUGGAGGCAAGUUCCAAGCCAAAGUCAAGAUUUGUUUUUCUGUUUUUGUGCGUGAAUUAUUUUUUUUUUAGUUGGACUUCGUGUUUGGAGUGGCGGGACAAAAACGAGUGGUGUGGUGCGUGUGUGCGCGUGGCUGCGGAACCGGACCAAGGAGAAGGAAACGCCGCUCCGCCUCCGGCCUGUCCCGCGGGGAAGUCCCCCUCCCAGAGGUGUCGACAAACUCGAGUGCGAGCUGCCACCUUUCCCUUUUUCUCGGGUGGAACAGCGGAAGCGUGGCCGAAGGAUAAGAAGACGGAAGGAAGUGAAGACCAGGUCCCUGUAACUCUCUAUCUCUCUCUCUCUCUACCUCGGUGUCGUUAUAAACACGAGCCAUGCAGAGAGAGUGCCCUACCGUUUCGUUUCGUCCGUGUCGUCGUCUUAGUUUUCGUUCCCCUAUUGCCGCGAAAACAAGGUAACGCUCUUUCUUCGAAGACCGCCGCGACUAUACAACAACCACUACCGCAGUAACCGUCGCCACCAAGAAACGUUGCGCGGACAUCCGUUCCCCAACGUGGGCGAGGGUUCGUGUGAGGGAAAAGAAUAAGGGAAGGGAUAAAAAAAACAAAAAAACUCUGCCAUUUACUACUCCGUGUAUUGAAUAUACUCCUGAUCCUGCCAGUGCCAAGACUAUUUCCGUGGGACGUCUUUUUCUCGGGUUCUUAUUCCACUCUCGCUCGUACGUUUGUGAUUUUUUUCUUACACUGCAGCUUAUGGAGACUUUUCGGUUUUGAUCUCGCGCAAAGUCGCGGUGCAGCGUCGUCGUUUGCGGUUGUGCGCUCGGGUGCUCGGACGAGACGGGGGGUGAUUGCAGCUUUCUUUGCGCUUCGUCUCGGCUCUCGCGCUCGUCCUCUUGCUGGCAGACCCUCACAGAUCAUUGCUCAAGACGCAUUUUCGAUCGUUCCCCGUCGCCGUGGUAAGGACUCCUUUUCACAAAGCAAGCGGUUCCUUUUCGACGAGGCGUCCGUUUUCGUUGUCACCGGAGCGCGAAGUCGACCUGUACGACGGCGUUUACAACGCCCGGAAACGUCGGAGCAGUCGCAGGGCGUUGCGGCAACGACAUCGACUCGACGCCUUGUCGUAAAGGGACUGCGAUAAAGUAACGCUUUGUCGGACACCCCUUUCGUGGUUGCAGGAAUGUGUACUAUUCGAAGUGUGCUCUUCUUUUUCCCUCGUCAUUCCACCGCGUCCCGGCAAUUUCCAAUGCCACCGGGCUCUUGGCAAAAGAAAGACGUCCUGUGUUGCUGUUUUCAUUUCUCUUUGUUUUUGUUGUUUUUUUAAGCCAUGUGCAAGCAAUGAUGCAGUGCUACUUAAUGAGACGCGACCGGUACGGUCUUACACGGCGCAUCGGUUAGUACGUAUCUGAACAGUUCUCGAGUGUAAGCAUACCCCCGCAUUUUUGGACAGUAUUUAAAGAAAGUUUUUAAGAGAUAGUUUUGACUGUUCUCUUUUUUAGUUGUUUUUAGCGGCGUUUUGAGGACGUCAAGCGUACAUUGAUUCCUCCCCCACUGUACAGUCCCGUGUGUUACGCCCGUUGUAAUUUUACCGCACCCCCUUUAUUUGUCCCCGACCUCGUGUAUGUGCAAGCCCAUCACCACAUUCCAUUCUCAGAUUUUAGUGAUUUUUAGUGACAAGGUUAUUUUUGUGCCGUGGGUCAAAACGAAGCCCCUCCCCUUUUUUUUCAUUUGUGCAGUGAAAUAGGCAGCCGUUCUUUUUCUUAAUUGCAUCGCUUUUUAAUUUUCUUCCGAGAUGACUAGUGUGCAUUCUGGUGUGUGUAAAAUGUAUCCAGUAUGAAUUGUAACUUCUGGAAUAAAGGUGAUUUUGAGGACCAAUAGAA